UCGAAACAGUUCGCUGUACCGAUUCUCCAAAGUCAAAACUUCUCACUUUCAAUUCGCUCUGCCACUCACAUCUUCCUCAUCACUUCUUUCUCUUCAUCUCAGCCCUUCUUCACCUCUUUCUUCAAGCCGAACCUCUCCCUGGCCAAAGUGAAGUGGUACACUGUACCGAUCUUCCUCCAGAAAAUCAAUCACCAGAGAGCCGAAGUUACCUCAUCCCCACCUUACCUUAACCCCCUUGGGCUCUUGUCCCAAGCAAUAUCCUCAAGUCCCAUCCCGAUUAUCCUCCUCGUCCUCCAAUUUCUCUCGACCACAUUCAGCAAUGGCGCACCAAUCAGAUGCCUCAAACCAGGCGGGUCGCAGCACGAGUCCUUUGGCGUACUCUCCUGCGACUUUUGGCAGCAUUGGAUCCUCAGGAUCCAUGCAAUGCGCUCACGAUCGGGCAGAGCAGGACGGUCUGCAAGAGGCCAAGAACCUGAAGGAGGCCAACGACGGUAUAAGCGAAGACAAGCGGGGUCAUACUCUUUUCAAAGACUACGACCCAAGCCUGAUCGUGAGCUCGGAUGUUCUGAGUCUUGGUUUGGCCGGCCAGGAAUAUGAGGAGACCUACUUCUCGAACGCGGCUGCGGCACGCCAGUAUCGUUCUCUGCUUUUGGGAGGGAAAACUCCUUUCGACCCGACGAUCCCAACUACGGAUCGCGCAAGACGGGCCCACGUGAAGGCCUUAUUUAUUGCCUUCAAGACCACAGCCAACUGUGGUGAAGCCGAGGCGUUGCAGCGUCUCUUCAAGAUUGAGCACCACGACAACCUUCUCGUGGAGGCCAGAUGCUGGGAGAUCUACGCCCAAAUCGAGGCUGCGUCUCGAUUCAAUGACAAUAUCGUCGAGGCGUACGAACCUCACAAGUAUAAGUACAAAAAGCAUGGUUGGAACUUCGCCACACGCUUUGAUAAGGUCUGUGAAGUCUUGGCCUCGACCAAGUCCAUUGCGAAGCGGUGCUUCGAUGCGCCGUUUUUGGUCAAGUUGAUCGACGAUCCACCCCAAAAUAAGGCCCGAACCGAGUCCAACCGCAAGCUGAAUGCGGAAAAGUCUGUCAUGAUGAAGCGCGGUCGAGAGGCCAUGGGGGAGGAACCGACCGGAAAGCGCCGAAAGACAGGCGCAACCCAGAAGACGGCUGAGGUUGCUACGGAGCCUCAGACUCCUGAGGUUCAGCGGCAAGAGACGGCAACCGAGGCAAUGCCUCGCGCAAUGUCAGUACAGAGACCUCCGAUGGUCCCUGUUCCAGAGACUCCAGCCGUGAGACCAGUGGGUUUGUUGCCAGAAGACGACCCAGAGUAUGCUCGACAAGCUGCGGCGGCGAGGGCAUAUCACCAAAUGCACGCGAUGCCAUAUCGCAGUAUGGGGCCACCACAGCAAUCUGGAUGGUCUUCAGCCAUUCCCAGACCAGGGAACUUCCCCGUGCAGACACCAGGGCAGCAUCAACCCGAGGUGGAUGCGAGCCACCACUUCUUGCCGAGAACGGAUGCGCAAGUACAGAGCUCUACCUUGCCCUCUCACGGGUUUGCUCCGUUCCAUAACACAUACAACGCCCUCAAUCAUCCAAUGGCUCCAGUGCAAACUCCGGUGUUCUUCGCAGGCCCACUGGACCCGAACUUGUCCCAUAUUGUUGAGAGACAAGAUUCGAAUGUCCGACAUUCGCAGGGUGCAGGUGUCACCACUCCGUCCUCACAGAGGACUCUCCCAGACCCCAACGCGGGUCUCGAUUCGAAUCAUUACUAUCCAAUGAACUGAAUCGAUGGGGGUCUGCGCCGGAACACAGUCAAUAUAAACUCUAGCAUCGAAAGUGCUCUUUUGGACAAGGACAAAUGGCCUGAUCAUAAACAUAUAUGACAGGUAAUCAAAACAUCCUUACCACAUUUUUAACGCCAUCAUUAUCACAUCCUUACAGUCUGAGAGCUUGACAAACACAUUGGCAUUGUUAUCCGGGUCAUUG